GAUCUUGACGUCAUCAAGUGAAUUGGCCAACAAGUAACACACUUACUGUAGUUUACCAUGCAAAGCUGCAAGAGCAGCAACACGAACUGUCAACAUAUUAUUUAAUUUUUUUUUUAAACCGCGAAAAUUUUUCAACGGCAGAAGUCAUACACAGUGGUGUGGAUCCCUAAACGUUUCUGUUUAGCUUUUGCGGGGGGACACCCAGGCUUCCAGAAGUGACCCAAGAGAAGGAGCAGCUGGCUUGGAGCAGACCCCUGUGUGGCACCAGAUCGGCUUGAGAGGCGCGGCAGCCUGCGGAGACCCCUUCUGAGCUCCCGAGAGGGAACGACCCUGCCCUCGCACUGAAACCGAGAAAGCGACAUGGGGAAGCACAACAGCAAGCUCCGCCCCGAGGUGAUGCAGGACCUGCUGGAGAGCACGGACUUCACCGAGCACGAGAUCCAGGAGUGGUACAAGGGCUUCCUGCGGGACUGCCCCAGCGGGAACCUGUCCAUGGAGGAGUUCAAGAAGAUCUACGGCAACUUCUUCCCCUACGGCGACGCCUCCAAGUUCGCCGAGCACGUCUUCCGCACCUUCGACGCCAACGGCGACGGGACGAUAGACUUCCGGGAGUUCAUCAUCGCGCUGAGCGUCACGUCGCGCGGCAAGCUGGAGCAGAAGCUCAAGUGGGCCUUCAGCAUGUACGACCUGGACGGCAACGGCUACAUCAGCAAGGCCGAGAUGCUGGAGAUCGUGCAGGCAAUCUACAAAAUGGUCUCCUCCGUAAUGAAGAUGCCGGAAGAUGAGUCCACUCCGGAGAAGAGGACGGAGAAGAUCUUCCGACAGAUGGACACCAACCGUGACGGCAAGCUGUCCCUGGAGGAGUUCAUCAAGGGGGCGAAGAGCGACCCCUCCAUCGUCCGCCUGCUCCAGUGCGACCCCAGCAGCGCCGGCCAGUUCUGAUCACAUGGAGGUUCCGCUGCGCUCAUUUGCUUUUUGGGUUAACUCCCCCGACUCGGCGAUGUGUCGGGUGUUUACGAGAAAAUCUCCCUCCCCUCCCCCCGCUCUUUGGAGAAACCAAUGAAGACUUGCCUUCAGACGAGAGCUGAGGACGAGGGUAUGGACGUCAUUUAGCCUAGCGCAGGCUAGUGCUUUCAAAGCUAUAAGAUACUGAUAAUGGGAACCCAAGCAUUUGAUAGAGUCCUUGAAAACCUACAGUUCUUUAUUUUAAACAAAGAAUGACUUGACUGGAGUUUAAGAGGUGGUCACAUGCCAAUUUGAGUUUGUUCUUGUAAACCAAGGGAAUAAGAGACAGAAAUGUAGAACUAUAGAUAGAUAUAUUCUUAUAUUUGGGGGUUAAGUUGUGGCAUUUGUCCCACUGAAAGAAUUCAUUUUCUUUUUGUGUUUUUAUUAUUAUUAUGAAUAAUAAUAAUAACAGUAGUAAUAAUAUCUAUUAUUGUUGUUAUUAUUAUUGUUAUUAUUAUUAUUAUUAUUAUAUCUGUAAUUUUUCUUUAAGUCAUGGCAAACUUGAUUCAUCAGUGUUUGUUUUACAUCUGUGCAAGGAUUUUGAAGUUGUGUAAAAAACAAGAGCAAGAUGGCCGCGCAUUUUGCUAUGCAUAUAAUUUUGUACAGUUUUUUUUUGUGUUUUUUGUUGAGGAUUAUGCUUGCAGAUGUAUGUCCCAUUUCAUGAAGAAGCAGCCCACCCUCAAGCAAUGCUCUGUCCUGCAUGUGUUUGGCUAUGGCAGAGAGUUCAGAAUUAGCAUCGGCUGUCGCUCUGCAUAUCGCUCGUGUUUACUGAGGCAAUAUUGUGCGCAUGUACUGCACACGUGGGGGGAGAGGGUCAGGGGCACCACAUCAUGAGCUUCUGAGCGUUCUCUUUUCAUCCAUUCAGCUUUCAUUUCAUUUUUUGUGACGUUUAAAAGAAAAGAGUGGCGUCCAGAGAGAGUACAUCAGGGGAAAUGAAAGGAUACACUAGGACUUUUCUUUUCUCUCAUUUUUAAAGUAUUUUUAAUGCUUUGAAUUGCGAAGUUCUCAUCCUGAAACACGUGUUAGAAAGGCACUGUAAGAUUGCUUGUGCUUUUUAAUUUUUAAAACAAUGUGAAAUGAAUUCAGUGAAAAAAGGCGGAUUAGCAUGAAAAUAAUUUUACAGGCGGAAAUUUUGCGUGAAGCAGCUAAAACCUUUACAUCAAAUUUUAGAUGUUUUAAGUGGUGCAUGUGAAGCUAUUUGAUGUUUUUUUGUAGUUUUAAAAUGUGUGUGUGAAGGGGGGGGGGGGGGGGGUUAUAUUAACAGGUAUGCAUGUGUGUUUGUGUGAAUAUGUACAUAUAUCAGCGGUAUGUGAUGACCACCAACACAGUAAUGCUACAGAUAACAUUUCAGUGCCUGGUAAGUGUUGUAGAAACCUGUCCAAAGCUUACAUGUAUACAUGUUUUCGGUGAAAUGACAAUAUGUGCAUUGCACAGAAUAUACAGCUAUUUUACAAUAAUUAUGCUUUAUAUAAAAAAAAGGUUUAAAUUUAAAAACAGACAAGCUUCCCUGUUGACUGAAAUGGAUGCUUUGUGCUCAGCAAGUGUACGCAAUAUCGCCACGCCACUGAAAUGUUUGUAUGUGGGCACACACAUGCACAUGUAUAUUCUUCUGUGUAAGUAUUGUGAGGGAACUUCAUAAUUGGGUGUGCCGCUUUUGUUGUGGAGUGAAGGUUGGAGCAUGGUGUAUGGAGCAUCUGUGCUUAUUUGACCCUGUUGAUGACUAAACACAGGUUUACUGAGACCCCAGACCCCAGCCCACAAAGAGACUAAUGAGAGGUGACAUCCGGAGCUCAACAAACAAAUCUUGAGCUCUGGACUUCAUCUCCCAUCAUGCUCUCUGGGAACCUUUUUGUGAGGCCCUGCUCUCCUGCCCCCGGAGCUCAGGCAGACAAAAGUACUUAUUUUCCUUGAAUGUAACUGUGGCUUCAAGCCCAUGAUCCAGCGGUUUCAAUUUCUGAGAUAGUCGAUUGGAAACAUUUGAAUGUUUUUGAAUAACUGCUGUUUUGUAAGUGAAAUAUUUUUUAUUAAAAAACCUAUGAAAACAAAGAACGGAAUUUCAACCUCUGCAAUGAUUUUAAGUUUUAUGCUUUUUUAAAGAAAAAAAAUGUGGUAUCAGGCAUAACAUUUCUGUAUUACACGAUAGCAUAAUGUGGCAAAGUGCCAAAUAUAAAUCAGUAUUGUAUAAAUUUAUACUGUAAAAUUCUGUCGAACAAAAUGUUUGUAAUUGUUGCAUUUUGUAGAUUUUGUAUGGUAACCUGUAUUUUGUGACAGUGUAGUUUCUAAACAUAGGAUUAUGUUUUAUCUUAUAAAGCAACAAAAAAAUCUG